AUGAAUUAAGUUUUGUAAUAGGUGAUUCUCCAAGAUGGUCCGGUGAGUCGCGCGGGCCACUUGUAAGUCAUCGUGAGUUGCCACUUGGGACCCGACCACACUUCUCUCACACCUGUCUUCUAGGUUAUCAAUAUUUAGCAGAACUGCUCACCUUAAGCAGAAGGGAAACAUUUCCUGCUAAUUUUCGUCCAGUGGAUGACAGGACAAGACCGUAAAUAACGCAGUAAAGCUUUCACAGGAGCGUGGACGGUCAGUAGUGGAGAGGCAGCGAGGGAGAGCGGCCGGUCCUCCGUCCCGGGUGUAGCUUACUGACACACUGUUACACUGUCAGCAGGAACUGUAUAUAUAUUUUCAGAAUGGCUUGGGGUUCAUUGACAGGAAGGACAUCAAUGAAGAUUGCUGGAAAAGGUCUGAAAAUUCUCUGGAACCGAUGCAGACCAUGUGUUGUUGCUGCCAUUGUUGUUGUUGGUGCCAUCAAAAUCACCACUUAUAUUAAAAGGCAGAAUAGAAGGAAGUUGUGGAAUAAUGUUGGGAAAGAUGUUGUGGUGUUGCACAUGUUCGACCGUGGCCGCUACUGUCCAAAUUUAUCUCCAUUCGUGGUCAAAUUGGAGACAUACCUACGAAUGGCUGAGAUCCCUUACCAGGUGGAUUAUGAAGAGCCAUUUGGACCUAAGGGUAAAUCUCCAUGGAUUACUCUCAAUGGGGAAGAAAUAGGGGAUUCUCAGCUGAUAAUGGAGAAGUUAGGGCCAUUGUAUAACAAGGAUUUCAGUUCUACUCUAACACAAGAACAGAAGGCAGUUGCCCAUUUCAUGAGGCUAAUGAUUGAAGACCAUUUCCUAUGGUGCUUUGUGGUUUGGCGCUACACUGUAGAUGGUGGUCGUACGUUUGUAAAUGGCAUGGAGUUGCCCAUUUUUAUGCGCUUGUUUGUUCCAAGCUUAGUGAAGAGAGUAAAGCACAUGACAAAAAUGCAAGGUAUUGGCCUACACAGCCAUACUGAAGUGGAGGAGAUGGGGAGAAAAGAUAUUGCUGCACUCUCUGUCUACCUUGGGGACAAACAGUACCUGAUGGGUGAGGAACCAGCUGAAGUGGAUUGUUCAGUCUUUGGAAUGCUGUCACAGAUUGUAUGGAACUCUCCAAACUCUCCCUACCUCAGGAUGCUCGACAAUGAAUUCACCAAUCUUCAUGCUUACUGCCAACGCAUGAAAGCAAGGUUUUGGGCUGACUGGAAUGAGUGCCUUAAACCACCUCUGCCGGUGUCCCAGUAAUGAACUGCAUAUUGUACAUCUUUUUUAAUUAAUAAAACAAUUCUUUAAUGUGUCAUAAUGUUUUUAAUCUUCAUGUGAGAGAAAAUAAACAGUUUUGAACCAUUUUGUGUUAAUGAUUAUUGAAGAAAUUGGUGUUUGCAAUGGUAAAUGUAAAUUAUUUUGUUAGAUGAUUAACAAAAAGAUAAAACAAUUUUCUGUAUGUAUUAUAACUGGUUAACAAAAAGAUAAUUAAAACUAAAUACUGUGUAGCUUUGUGUGGACAGUUAGCAAACUUGCCAUAAAAAGUAAAUAGAGUCCAUUUUAUAAUGUUUCAAAUUGAUCAGAAUCUGAUCAGAUUGAUGUGGUGCCAAUUAUUAGUUACAAUGGGGACUGUAGUGAUUAUUAUAAAUAAAGACUAUUCAACUGAGGGUUGAAUUUCUGUA